AUGCAACCUUUUUUGCUGUCCAAUGCGACUGUCAGGGUGGGCUUUGUGGAGCGGAUCACAACCAUCACCCUCACCUGCGCCUUCUGCUCAAUCAUCUUUUUUGUCAACGGGACUAUGUUGUUCACCUUGAGGAGUAAAGGUGUUUUUCGGGAAACGGCGCGCUACAUCCUGCUGUUCAACCUGUUGCUUGUAGACACGCUUCAGCUAAGCAUCAGCCAGCUAAUGUUCUGUCUGAACGCCUUUCACGUCACCCUCUCGUAUCCCGUGUGCGUCCUUCUCGCUUUGUUCGCCAAUCUUCUCACUAGAAUGUCUCCUGUACUGCUAGUCGCAAUGUCAUUGGAGAGAUAUGUCGCUGUGUGCCACCCUCUCCGACACGCCUCCGUCACUACCGUCAGGAACACGGCGGUGGUCGUGUACGCCUUGUGGAGCUUUUGUUUUUUCAAUGUUGUCAUUCAGGCAUUUUUAUUUGUAUAUUAUUUUCCUUUCGGCCAACUGGAGAGUCUGCAAAUGACACAGUUGUGCAGCUACAAAUUACUGCUCCUUGUGUCUGCCGGUCAAAUCCACCACACUGUUUCCACGUUUUUUGUGUUCAUCUCAGCAGGUCUGAGCAUUAUUUUCAGCUACGUAGCCGUAAUCAUUGUGGCCAGAUCAAUGGCUACAAACAAAGACUCCUCAACUAAAGCUCGUAACACACUGUUGCUGCACCUGUUCCAGUUGGGCCUCUGCCUCUUGUCAGUGCUCUACACAAUUCUGUUAACAAGGAUCGCCACUUUCUUUGAAUGGCUGGAUUUCAUGCGACUCCAAUGUUUUUUGUUCAUAUGCUUUAUCCUAAUGCCCAGAGGUCUGGGUUCGCUGGUGUACGGCCUGAGAGAUCAGAGCCUCAGGGUUCCGUUUCUGUACCAUCUCUGCUGUCACGUUGCAUUGUCAGUCGCUUCUGAUUAAACUGUUAUUGUGUCCUGACAAAGCUCUCUUUCCUUCACCUGCACUUGGGACACGUUCAAACCGUACUGCCAUCAACACAAAAAAACACAUGUGCAUGGCAUCCCUUUUGACUCUGUAUUGAUUUGUAGUCCACGGCAUGGUAGUACAAGCAUGAUGUGUAUGUACAGGUUUAUUGUAAUACACCUGCAACAGAAACCUUUAGAAUUGUGAACAUUCUGACAGUGACUUGGGGGAAACUGUCUUGGGCUACUGGAACGUGUUUUAGACUGUCAUAUCAUGUACUUUGUUUGACUUGCCUUUAUCGUACAAUAAAAUGACAUGAUGUUUGAAAAGCUUUGUCCUUAUUUUGUUAAAAAUUGCCCAUGAAUGUGUUUGUCAAGAAAUAGCAUG